AUGGCCCGUACUAAAACCAUUGCACACAGAACUCCGAGAUCAUCACCACCAUCAUCUCCUUCACCUUCACCAUCUCUUGUUCGUUUACCAUCUCGUCCACCUAGACCAACACCUCUCCAUUCAUCCUCAGAAAAAACAUUCUCAGACUACAUGUCUUCAUCUUCGAAAUCAUGUCCCCAACCUCUUUCCACCGUGCUCCCUCCAUUAUAUCAAUGCCCUCCUUCUUCCAUCAGUCAAUGUCCACCCCAUCUUCGAAAAACUAUAAACCCUAGUUCCAGCACUUCAUCUUCUAAAAGAAGAUCAAUGGGUAUUCAAGCCGGUAUUGGUACACCCAAAACCAAAAAUAUCGACACCACCAUCUACACCAUCUCUGAUGAUGAUUCUGAACCUUCACCACCUCAACAUAUUCCCAAAUCACAAGCUGCUCCUACAUCAUAA